UAUGUUCCCAACUCAGAUUCUAGAAACAAAAUAAAUUGAUGGUAAAAAAGGGAAUUUAUUCCAAGAACCUAUGUAAGCACAUGAUGUGGUUUCAUUCAAAAAGGAUAAAAUUGUUUUCUGUUGUGGUUUUUUUUUUCUUUUCUGUUUAUUUUCUUUAUAUUUUGCUUUUCACAGAGCUGGGAGUUGGAUUAGGCAUUGGUGCCUGCUGUCUGAGUUUGGAAAAUAGUUCUCCAGGCAUCUAUAUUCAUAGUCUUGCCCCAGGAUCAGUAGCCAAGAUGGACAGCAGAUUGAGUCGUGGUGACCAAAUCUUGGAAGCAGAUUCUGUCAGCCUCCGUCAUGCUGCUUUAAGUGAAGCUUAUGCCAUUCUGAGUGAAUGUGGCCCAGGACCAGUUAGCCUCAUCAUCAGUCGGCACCCAAACCCAAAGGUUUCUGAACAGGAGAUGGAUGAGGCAAUAGCUCGCUCCACUCACCGAGAGAGCAAGGAGGCCAGUUCCGCCCACGUCUUAGGUACACCCCUGAAGAGUCCUUCCCUCACAACAAAGACAAGACAGGGAGAAGGUUCUGCUUCACUCAGCUGGACCAUGAAACGCUUCCUGGAGCCAGCAAGUCGGGGCUCCCUCAGUUCUGAAUCAGAACUCUCACAAUAUUUUUCACAAGAUGUCCUGAGCCCCUUGUCCUAUUCAGACUCUGUGGUUGCCAGCUCUGGAGAUGAAGAACAUAUGAACCAGAGGAGGGGGAGCAGCUCUUUGGAUGAUGGCAUUCUUCCUCCCAGCAGCCUAACCUCCAAAGAAUCAGGAAAAACUAGGGCUAAUAGCCUUGCAUCAUCCGGAAACAAGAAAGCCUCGGGAACUUUCCAUAAGCAUUUGGAAGCUACCAGACAAGCCAGCCUCCCUGGAAGCCCACAGUGUGCCCGGAGCCCACUCCUCCGACAGAGGAAAAUUGGCUGCUUUGAUGCCGAAGAUGCCAGUGAUGAAGAGGAGUUUGUGAGAGAUGGAGACAACGUUCCAUUUCCCAGAUCCCUCCCAGGCUCUUUUCCAUCCCAGACUGAGGAGGACCCAAGAGUGAUCACCCCAAAUUCUUCUGUGGCAACAAAUAGUAGCCAGGAAGUAGAGCACCUUGGGAAUCCUGCCACUGAGGCCCCAUUGGAGACUUCUCUUUUGGAGAGCUCAGCAGGGGAAGUGGAGGACAAGACUUCUGAGCACAUUAGAGACUCCCCUCUGCUUCCAGGAAAGCUUUUUGACUAUCCUGGUGCCUUGGAGGGCAACCCUGGCAGCUUGGGCCUGAAGGAACAAGCUGAAUCCAAGAAGUCACCAAAAUUAGAGCACAAAGCCAUCACCAGGGUCAAAAGCCUGAUGAGCAUUGAGUGUCCUGGCUCUCCCAAACAGAAGAAUGAGGAUCCAGGUUCUGCUCACAAGCCAGUGGCCAGGAUAACCCCUCAAAGCAAGAGGGCUGUGACAGAGGACAACUCUAGGCUCAAUAGCUUGGAAACAGUUCAUUUAAUUCGUUUGGAAGAUGAAUCCUUUGGUCUGGACUUGGAAAUCCAGGCCAGUCCCUUAAAGGUGGUGAUAAAAAGUUUAAGGCCUGGUGGAGCUGCAGAGAGGGAAUCAACAGGACAGCUGAAUGUUGGAGAUGAGAUUGUCUCUUUCAAUGGUGCUCCAGUCAACUCCUUAUCUUACCUGGAAGCCUGCCAGGUUAUAAAGAACUUGCCUAUGGCCCUGACUUUGGUGGUGCGUCGAUCAUUAUCUGCUAUGGAUGGCUCACAGGACCACCUUGAAUCACCAAAGGAGAAGGAGCUGAUUAAUACUGACCCUAGUGUGACUCUGGCUGCGGGAGAAACCCAUCCAAAAGUAACUCAAGCCUCUGAAACAGAGGGAACUAUGCAAUCUGGUCCCAUACUGCCAUCUGCUGUCGGUACCAAAGAAAUGCAAAUGGGUAGUGAGUUAAGUUUGGAGGAGAUGCCGGUGACUGACAUUGACAGCGUCAUCAGUGAGUUAGAUGCUUGUGAAGGAAGAGCUGAGCGUCCUCCAAAAGCAGGGGCCCCAUGUGGUGACGGAGCUUCUCAGAGGCACUCUUGGGCAAAAAGCAGGAGCUCCUGCCAGAUGGAGCAGAGCACAGUUAAACAAGACUCACCUCAGAAGAUAAGCUGUGGGCCUUCACCACCUCAGCCUCAGUGGACCUCUAACUUUUCAGUUUUGGAUUCAAUUAAUCCAGGCAAGCAUUUUACUGUGAAUAAAAACUGUUUGAGUAGCUAUUCUAGAAAUUUUAGCAGCUUACAUGAAGCCAGUUUGUCCUCACUUGGUCAUGGGGAAACUGAGACCACUGAGCCAUCACCAAAGUCUAUGUAUGGAGCUGCUGAGGAUUCACAUUCAGACCCAGAAUCCCUCACAGAAGCCUCAUCCACCCCCAUCAGGGGCAGCACACCAUCUCAUCCACCAUCUUGCUCUUCUCAGACAUACAAUGCCCCAGAGUCAGAUGAGGAGCAAAUUGAAAUUUGUUGCACGAAUACCCACCCAAAGCCAAGCUCUCUGGUGGAGCAGCGACCCAGUUCUGCUGUGAAGCAGAUGGAACAGAGCACAGUUAAACAAGAUUCACCUCAAAAGAUAAACUGUGGGCCUUCACCUUAUCUGUCAGUAGCCAAAGUUUCACCAUUAGAAAGUACAGUUAUGGGUGGUUUACAGACAAUACCUUGUGCAACACUUUCCUUUGGCCCAGAAACAACUAUAAACCCCAACUCUUACCAACAGGCCAAUGCAGGAAGAACAGUUCCUUUAGUCUCCCUUCCUUCCUCCCAUUUAGAUAAGGGCUGUCAGGAGAGCUCAGCAUGUUCAGAUGGAAAUACUCCACAGGGAUGCAGAGCCUUACACAUAGAGGGGAAAAUGCAAGAAGCCAGCACUGGUAAAGCUCUGGAAACCUGUGAGUCUUCCAGAGGCAGUGGCCUUGUGCACAAGCCCCCAAUUCCCUUCAUUGGCCCCAGAUUGAUCAAUGGCCUAGAGCACAGCUUGUCAGAUAACAAAUCCCAAUGCAAGAAGCAGGAAGCAACCAUUAAGGUAGUUGACAGUCAUAGAUGCACUCAUUUCUCUUUAAAUCCAGGUUCAUUUACGAAUGAAGAAUGUGAUUUGACCAGCCUUCACAUAUCUGAAAGUCAGGACUUAGGGGACUUGCGACAAGGACCAGAAAAAACAGUUAGGGAUCCCCUUCUGGCCCAGUGUAAAGAUCCCAGCAAAAUUAAUCAUAGCAUGCAAAACAGAAAUGAAAAGGAGCAGUGUAUAGCUGCAACAAAAAGCUCCAACACUAAAACUCCCACUGCCAGCACAAACCAUGUUAAGGGAGUUACUACUCUGCACAGUCCUUCAUCUCAACCAAAAUCAAAUCCUGAAACAAAAGGGUCAACACCCAAAAGUUUUAUGGAAACACUUCUCAAUAACAAUCACAAACCUAGGUCAGGACCAAAGCUAAAAGGUCUCAGCAUCAAAAGCAAGAACAAAACGAGCACAGAGGCCUCUGUUGCCAUCCAAACUACUAAGGUCAGUGGGACAGAGCAGAGAAAAAUCUUGACUUCACCCCAAACCUCUCCCAAAACCCUUUCUAAGAAAGUGUUGGGCUCUCGGAGCAUUGCUGUCCAUGGAGAACCAGACAAAAGUUGCCCCACAACUCCCAAGUCUCCUACAUGUAGACAAGAGAGUAAAUUGGCUUUGGCUGUGUCUGGGCCAAUGAGUUCCCCAGUGUCAGAUGGAGGCAUCCCUAUAACCAGAAAUACAAAUGAGAAUAGAUUCCUCGGACGAAAUGAAUUUGGCCUUUCCAACCCAAAAGAAGCCUCAGCUCUCCCUAGUGGGCUUGGUGAAAAGGGGAGCAAGGCAGCUGCUGGGGAUUCUCGAGAUAGAAUGAACCAGGUAAAAAUAAUUGCUAUCUCUUCUGAAAGAAACCCCCAAAGCCCAGGUGGUGACAAGUUGACUGAAAGUGACCAAGGAGAGCUCUCCAUUCAAGAAAAUAGUCACAAAAAAUGUGAAAACAAGUUAUGUCACAAAAGAGAACUUCCCCCAAGUCAACCACCUCUGGCUUCUCAUUCCAUUCAGGAAGAUCCCCCAGAAGGACAAGAAAUCCAAAGAAGUUUCAUUGAAGUGAGACUCUCUUCCUCUUCCUCCUUCUUCUUGCCUGUGUGUCCUUCCCCACCUCUGUCUGUAGAGAAGACAGCUUAUAACCAGAAGAAAACAAAUCAGAUGUCUGAACCUCCUGGGAACUCAAAAAAUGUCAUUAAUCGGAAUGACAGUCCCUACUGCUCCCCAAGGCCUGUUACUAGGACUUAUUCCAUGCCAGCACAACUUGCAAGCCAUUUUGGAGGAGAAAGCCAUUCCAGGCAAUCUACAGGAUGCUCUCUUCAAAACAGCCAGAAUUCUGUAGUAAAUGAGAAAUGUGCUUGUGUCCCUGAGACAAGAAUAUUUAAAGGUGGCUUUCUUGGCCUAGUUAAUGGACAGGGUAUACAAGGAGGAAAACAACUGUCAGAGACUUCCCAGAGCAUCCAAAAAAUAGAACAGGGAGGUACUAGUGCCCUUGGUCUCCAGGAAACAAAUUGCCUUAUCACAGAUAGAAUAAGAUCCAAUAGGAGGCAUUAUUACUAUGAGCUAAACUGGCCCCAUGAACCUACCUCAUCCUUUUCUGUGAAACAGAGGAUCAAAUCUUUUGAGAAUCUUGCCAGUUUUGAUAGGCCUGUGGUGAAGUCCAUUGAUUUCCCAUCAGCAGUAUCCAUGAAUUCUAAACCACCUAUUGGGAGGAGAUCAUCAGGAACUAUAUCUUCAGGAACUCCCAGCAACUCAAGCGACACCUCGAGGUCCUUACGUCGAAGCUUGAGCUCAUGUGGUGAAAACCAAAACGAUUCCAUUUCAUUGGCUCCCCAGCUAAGUAAAUCACCAUCUACUAUGGCUCUCCUGGCUUCUCCGCUGAAUCCAGUAGAAGGUAGAAGAGACAGCCCUGGUUUGAACCACAAAAAGUUUCUUGACCCCCCAGCAAAUUACAAUCCAUCAGUGACCACAGCUUCUCACAUCAGGAGGAACAGGACAGCAGGAGGCCCAGCCCGACCAUGUCCUUUAUCCCGCUCAAAACUUAGAGAGCUAAGGGCUUUGAGCAUGCCAGACCUCGACAAGCUCUGUGAUGAGGAGUACUCAGUGGAACCUGUAGCUGCCCAUUUUAAAACUGAGCUCGAAAUUACUCCGAGAAGAUCCCUUGGCCUUGCACCUGAAAGCCUCUCAAACCUUGAUGAAUCAUCUUCCCUUUCACAUUUGGUAAAAGAUCAGAGUGAGGACAGAUUGUGUUCUAGGGGCAAUAGUCCUUGGACUAGUGGUUCUGGGACUCCUGCUUCAGCUUCUGAUGAAGAUAUAACAAUCCAGAACAAUUCAGUGGAUAAACGAUGCUAUGGAAGAAGUUGGUCCAUAGGUUUGGAUCAACUUUCAAUCUCAUGUUUGGACCAGCAAAAAUUACAGUCUGUUUUGUCAUCAGUGGGUUCAAAAUCUGAUAUCUUGAGCCUGAUUCAAGAAGCCAAAGUACAAACAGAGAAUAAAGAAGAUAUUUUCUUUGUGGUUUUGAAUAAAGAAAGUGGCUCAGGUCUGGGAUUCAGUGUGGCAGGUGGAGUAGAUUUGGAGCAGAAAUCAAUUACUGUUCAUAGAGUGUUUUCUCAGGGAGUGGCUUCUCAGGAAGGGAGCAUCCACCGAGGAGAUCUCCUUUUGUCCAUUAAUGGCACCUCAUUGGCUGGGUCCAUCCAUGGAGAUGUUUUGAAUGCCCUCCACCAAGCAAAGAUGCACAAAGAUGCUGUUAUUGUUAUCAAAAAAGUAAAAGACCAGGAGAGGGGCACUGCCAGGCAAGAUCCCACUUCUGCAAGUGGAAAGAUGUCUAUGUUCAAAAAGAAUGUUAACCUGGAACCUGGAAUAGGCAAACAGGCAGAGCUGAAUGACGCAGUGUGUGUUGAGUUACUGAAGACCUCUGCUGGACUAGGCUUCAGUCUUGAUGGAGGAAAAGCAUCUGUGGCUGGAGAUCGACCCUUGCUAAUAAAAAGAGUCUUUAAAGGUGGUACUGCAGAACAAGCUGGGACAGUUGAAGCUGGAGAUGAAAUUCUUGCCAUUAAUGGAAAGUCACUGACAGGGCUCAUGCACUAUGAUGCCUGGAACAUGAUUAAAUCUGUCCCAGAGGGGCCUGUGCAAUUAUUAAUUAGGAAGCACAGAACAGCAGUUUGAGCCAUAUUGUGGCUCGUGAGAUUAUCCACAAAGAACUUUCUCCAGUAUCUCCCCUUUCCUUCAUUUUGUUUCAAAGUGACUGUAGCAGUUGAAUGAAAUCCUUAAACAGCCAAGAGCCACUUUGGCAUGGACCAGUGAAGCGUGCACAGAUGGUCUUUUGAGAAGAAUCCUCGGACCUUCCUAGAAUUUGGAAAGGUAUAAAAACUCUAAUGUUUUGGGGUAUUGCAAGGCGAUGAAAUUGGACUCUGGGAUCCCUGUCACAUGAAGCAUUCUUAGCUGGGAAAAUCACUUUCAGUUGUAUGGCUGUCCCUGGCCUUGAAACAGAGUUUUCUUGUGAGGGAUAUCAAUUUUUGCUUACUAUCACAACAAAACAAGAUUUUAGAUUGUGUCCAUAUCAUUGUCAUUUUCUGUCACAGUGAAUAGAAUACACACUAGCUUCCAAUUCUUUUAGAGUAAUAGAGGAAACUGAAACACACAUCUUCAGAGACAAAAUGAAAAGGAUUAUAGGAUUAUAUAUCAUUUUGUAGAUAAGAUUAACAGGAUGUAUUGGGUACAUGGAAAGCUGCCAGGUUUGUAAAUAUUACCUGAAGAAAAGGUUUUAAAAUAGUUACUCAUGUGGCUGAGCUCAGGAAUUCCCUAAAACUGAAAAAAACAAAAAUGAGGAAACUGCUCAACAUGUCCUCCCAGAGGGCUAAGGAUAGUGAGAUAAAUUCUUUCUGAAGACAUGUCAUUUCCCAGGCUAAAUUGAUAAGCUUUCACAAGUAUUGUGAAAUAUACAUUCUAUCAAUCUCAUUCUUCUCAAUGAAUGUCACACUUUGAAAAUCAAGACACGAGUAAGUAGUUGUCACUGUCACUAAGUUUUGGGCCUUUGUUUCAAUUGGCUUUAAUUUUUAAUCAUCAAAUAUGUCUCACUGUCCACAGAUUUAUCCAUAUGUACUGUAAAUUAAAUUUCAUCUGGGGACUCUAAAUUGUAUUAAGGAAUUUUUUUUCUUUUUGGUGUUUUAGGAAAUUAAUAUUUCUAAAUACUAGAUCCCAUCUCACACUGUGGGUAAUGUUCUUGUUGCCCUUUCUAUCACAGUACUUUUACAAAUGUGUAUCAUUUUUGCCAAAGGUGAUGGUAUCCUACGGAAUACUGUUUUGGCCCUAACCCUUUGGUUUUGGUUUUGGUUAGAAUCCUCUCUUUAUGGCUUAUCCUCUUAAAAUAUAUGACAGUCUGAAGGAACUCCAUUCCCCUUUGGUGUGUGCCCAUUUCUCCCACCAAAAUUGGUUGGGGAAGAUAUUUAUUGAUCAUCUUUGAAUAAAAAAGAACCCUUUCUUGAUAAUUUUGGAAUCCUUAUCUGCUUCUUUAUCUUUGAAAUGUGUAAAUGCUUCUAGACUUCAAGUAUAAAGGAGUUGGAGUCUCAUUCUGUCAUUUCCAACUUUUGUGUAAGCUCAAAUCUCUUCAUCACUGUACUCAAUCACCAUCACCAAUACCAAAAACUUUAUUUUAUUUUUUCAAAUAGCUCAUAUUUGAAGUUUGCAAAACUUUCCCCAUCUCAUUCAAUCAAUAAGAACAACAGGAAGCAAGGAGAUAAUGAAAAAUACAGAUCAUUCUUUUCAGAUAAAGGGGUAACUAUCAUAUAGUUAAAAUCUCUGUGUUAUUGCCAUUGAUAAUUUUUUAUCAAUUUAUAGCCCCUUUAAUAAUUUUAUCAUAUAAUUCUUUUAAGUGUGGUGGAUGCAUAUUUGUUGGCAAGGCUGAUGUUCUCAGAUAAAAUAGGGUUGACGAUUGAAUUUAAAUUGAUAUUCCUCCCACAGGGAUAAAGGCAGUGAACAUGAAGACAUGUCAUUUUCCAGGCUAAACUGAUAAACCUUCAUAAAUAUUGUAGAAUACAUAUUCUAUCAAUCUCACUCUUCUCAAUGAAUGUGAGCUCAAAAACCAGGAUAUCGAUAGAGUUGUCACUGUCACUAAAUUUGACUAAUAUGAAAGCUUAAUUCUUUGGACAGAGAAAGCAAUUUAGAAAGCAUUACAUUCCAAAGAAGCCUGUUGAAUCCUUCAGCCUACCUGGUUGAUAUAUACUGAUUUUCCAGGCAUUCCAGGUCCACCUAACAUUUACAAUUACCUUUCUCAAAUUUGAGAGAAAUUUUGGUUCUCUGACUUCUCAUCUAGGAAGAGAGGAUGGCUUCUGAGGGGGAAGGAGGGUGACCACAUGUUCAAUGGAAUCAAGUGAUUAUUUCAUUUCAUUACCACAUAGCAUGCAGAGAAUCAAAGCCACCAGAGAGGCUUUUCUCCUUAUACUCAUUAGAGUCAGUUGGUAUCAGUAUCUUUCAAAUGACCACUAAAAUAAGUAGAAAUAACUCCUUGCCUUCUGUUGUACUGAUUGGCCAAAUAAGAUGGACAAGAUUUUGAAAACUUGAAAUGUGAGCUAUUUUUUUAAAAAGAAAAAUUUUGUUGGUGGUUGAGUCACCCACAAUGAUAUAAAGAUUUGGGUCUGUAUAUCAGCUAGAUUAGAAAGAGCAUGUAGUCUUUUCUGAGACUUCCUAACUCCUUAUACUUGGGAGCUGGAAAAAAAAAAAAAAAAAGCUUGUUUACUAGCCCAGGCAUCAACAUUAAAAUGUCACUGGAAAGAGCUCCUAGCUUAGCUCUCUUGUACUCGGAAGGAGGGAUGAUGCAAAAGGUAAGACUGGAUUGGACUUGGCAAUAGAAAAGUUUUUUUUAAUGUAUUCAAGGGUCUUGUAGAAUAUGUGUUUCAGAUGAACCCCUCCAGAUCCUUCUCUUUUUUAAAUGCACACUAAUGAUGAUGUCCCACUAAAACUGUUGGGUUUUGUCUUUUUUCCACAAAUUAGUCAUUCACAGAGAACCUAUAGCAGAUAAUGUGUGUUAGGGCAUGUAAAAUGUAACCAUGAAAAUAUUUUGCAAAAAAGUGAAGUAAAAGUGAAUGGGUAGGUGUAAAUGGAACCCAAUCUAUUUCAAUAUUAUGUGUUUGACUGAAUUUAUACCAUACUUGUUGUAUGAUGUUGUACAUUUACACUUUAUUUAUAUAAAAUAAAAUGCCUUGUAUAUUAAAAUGUGAGUGCAAUGAUAGUAAAUAGACUGUACAUUUUUUAAAACACUUGCUUUUUUCUCUAGGCUAUGUAAAUCUGCAUCUCUGUAAACAUGGGCUUUUAAAGUAAUUUUCAAAUAAACACUCUUAGACUUGUUUCA